CUUUAAACUAGCAGCAGUAAAUAUGAAGUAUUCCUUAAUUUUCUUAUUGUGUGGUCUCUGUUUGGUGGCCGUAAGUGCCAACAUUGAAGUAGCCUCUUCGAGCGAGGAAGAUUUUGAUCUUGACUACGAAUAUGUUGCCAAUGAUAUUGCCGAAGAUGUAUCAACUGAAAUUGAUCCUCAAUUUAUUCCUUGGUUAGGCAUUUACUUUAUCAUACACAAAGCUUUGACCGGUAUUAAGGGUGUUAAAUGUACCGUUAAGGAAGUUGUUAGCAUUAAAACUGCUGCCCAACAAUUCCUCGAUGAAAUUGAAUUGUGUGGCGAUGAUGUUAAUGCCAAAGCUCAACAAUUAAUUGAAACUUGCAAAAAUAUCGUUGUUACUGCCAAUAAUAUCAUCAAUGUUAAUAUUAACGCUUGUGGUGCUACCCCACCUUCUACCACCACUUUUGAUGUUGAAGACGAAGAUGUUAUGGAGCCCGCUGUUCAGAAAACCAAAAUUAGCUGUUUCUUUAAAUUGUUGGGUAAAACUUUGAAAUUAAAGAAUCAAAUUAGACGUGCUAUUCGUUUGAUUAGACAGAUUCCUAAGGUUCCUGGUACCGCUAACGAAUGUGUCAAUACUGCCGCCCAAAACUUAGGAAAUGUUUUCAAUCAAUUCCCCUCUAAGGUGAAAUAUUGUUCUAAGUUAUUUCAUUAAAUUGUAAUGCGAUUUGGAUUAAAGAUUAUUGAAGUGUGGAAGGACAAACAUAAUUGAAUAAAUAAUUUUGCAAGAAAA